AUGCCACCCACUGUACAAACAGGGAGAAGAGAGGAGCGAGAUAAGAGGUUGCGACCUGGCGAAAAAAGAUCUGAUCUUGUCUGCAGAGUCAGGUACAACAAUACAUUGCCAGAUAUUCCAUUUGACCCUAAGUUCAUAACUUACCCAUUUGAGACAAACAGAUUUUCUACAUACAAGCAAACAUCUUUGGAAAGGCUGUUCAAGUUUGAUUUACUAACAGAACAUGACCUUGGUGUUAAUAUUGACCUCAUCAAUCCAGACACUUACAAGAUUGAUCCUAAUGCAUAUCCAGAACCGGAAGAUGAAAGAUUGCUUGAAGAGGAUCUCAAUACACCUGGAGAUGCCAAAAGAUCUCGGCAUCACAACACAAAUGUUUCAUGGUUGCGUAAGACUGAGUACAUAUCCACUGAAUACAACAGAUUUGUUCAGAAAGCUGACAAGUCAGAAGCAAAGGUUGGCUUCAAUAUUAAGAAAAUUAUGAGGGAAGAAGAUCUGUACAAGGACAGGGAGAGUCAGAUAAAUGCCAUUAACAACACCUUUGAGAAAGCCAAACAGCCAAUAAUGAAACAUUACAGCAAACCUGGUGUGACGCCUGUCCAGAUUAUGGAAGUGUUCCCAGAUUUCCAGUUGUGGAAGCAUCCUUUUGCUCAAGUGUUGUUUGACUCCGACCCUGCACCAAAAGGUUACUCAGCUCCAGUCCAGUUGGAGGAGAUGUCCCAAGCCAUGAUUAGAGGUGCUGUGGAUGAGAGUGGUGAACAGUUUGUGGCCUAUUUCUUACCUACAGAUGAGACUCUGGGUAAACGGAAACGAGACGCUGAGCUUGGCAGAGAAUAUGAAGAAGAUGAUACAUAUGAGUACUUGCUAGCAAGAGAAUACAACUGGAAUGUCAAAAAUAAACUGUCCAAGGGCUACGAAGAGACAUACUUUUUCAUCAUGAGAGAUGAUGGUGUUUAUUACAAUGAAUUAGAAACAAGAGUGCGACUGAGCAAACGCAGAAAAACAAUGACCAAUGCCCAGCUGAAAUCUAGACUGAUUGUCAAACACAGACCAUUAACUGAUAAAGAAAUGGCGGCACAGGCGGGACGCUUGCAGAUGCUUGAACCACCAGGUGAAGAGGAGGAGGAGGAAGAACCAAUGCCUAACCUGACAGCAGAAG